AUGUCUUCUGUCAACACCAAGUUCGCCAUCCUGGCUCUCGCCGGCUCUGCCGUUGCUGUCCCUAGCUUUGGUCACGGAAAGCACCACGGCAAGCACCACCACCACAACAAGCACUUCUUCGGCUCUUCCGGCGUUGCUACUGGUACUGGUGCUCCCUAUGGCAUGGCCAACGCCACUGGAGUCUGGGGCACUGGCACUGCCGCUUCGACUGGUUUCGCUUCUGGUCAUUCUUUCGUCCACCCUUCUGCUGUUGGCCCUCACACUGGUUCCUCUGAGGUCGCUGCUGUUAGCACCAGCAUCUGCACCGACUCCGUUGUGAGUGUCACUCACACCAACCGUGUCACUGUCACUGUUCACGCAUCCUCCGCCGAGGCUGCUCCUGUCCACACCACUUUCAGCACCAAGGCCUACAGCAGACCUGCCGAGAGUUCUGUGACUUUCAGCAGCUCUGUUGCUCUUAGCAGCUCCGUGAUCGUUGAGAGCUCCUCUGCUAGCGCGAGCAGCUCCGCAUCCCCCAGCGUCUCGCUUGACCUUGACCUUCAGAACAAGGGCUACGACUUCCAGGGCAAGCGCCCCCACUGGACUCGCACUUCCGCUGCCGCCACCUCCGCUGCCACCACUCAGUCGACCAGUGCCACUUCUGUUGCUGCUGUCUCGACCAAGUCGAGCUCCAGCUCCGCCGUUGUCGUUGCUCCUACUUCUGCCGUUGCUGUCAGCAGCUCUUCUGCCAAGGCUUCCUCAACUUCAUCUUCGGCUGUUCCUCAAUCUAGCAGCACUGGUAACGGCAAGCGUGGUCUUGCUUACAACACUGCCUCUCUGCUCACCUGCUUCGAGAACAACGACCAAGUCAGCUGGGCCUACAACUGGGACUCCGCCAGCGCUGGUCUGUCUAACAGCUUCAACUACGUCCCUCUCCUUUGGGGCACCACCAACGGCCACACCACCAACUGGAACUCGAACGCCAACAGCGCCAUUGCCAACGGUGCCACUCACUUGAUGUCCUUCAACGAGCCCGACAUGACCUCUCAGGCUAACAUGUCUCCCGAGGAUGCUGCUUCUGCUUACAAGACCUGGAUGAUGCCCUUUGCCGGCAAGGCUAAGCUCGGUGCCCCUGCUGUUACCAACGGCGCGAAUGGCAUGGGUCUUGACUGGCUCGCUGCCUUCCUCGAGGCUUGUGACGGCUGCCAGAUUGACUUCGUCGCCAUCCACUGGUACGCUGAUGUCUCGCUCACCGACUACUUCAAGCAGCACGUUCAGAACGCUACUGAUGUUGCUGGUGGCAAGCCUGUCUGGGUCACUGAGUUCGCUCCCACAGGUGCCUCGGACAGCCAAAUCGCUACCUUCCUCGAGGAUGUCAUGCCUUGGAUGGACAGCCAGUCAUUCGUCGAGCGCUACAGCUACUUCAUGGCCUCGGACGGUGCCCUCAUCAGCGGUACUGAGCCCUCGACUUUCGGCCAGACUUACGCCACCUACUCUUCUUAA